CGUCAGCCACCGCCACGUAGUCUUCGAAAACCAUCCACUGGCCGUCGCCGUCGCCGUCAUUCUUUGUUUACGCAAUCCACCACUUCCAUUUUCAUUCUCUUACGUGUCAAUUCAAUUUACAACUCUACCCCUCAUCUCUCUUACAAUCCCCCAACACUACUUCCGUAAUUUCACCCUACUCUUUCUCUCGAACAAAAACCAAGUACGUGGGAGUUUCAAUUCGGCACGUGUUGAUUCAAUCGGUCUCCUUCGCCGCCAAGCGCCGAUGACAACUUCCGCUCUAAAUUUAAUCUCCUCCUUAUUUAAUUCUAGGGUUUGUAAUCUCCGCCUUCUUCCAUUUCUGUCGAAAGAUCUUGUUUCGAUUUCGUGUAUCAAUGGUGCAGUUUCUAGAUUCCUACAUGACGUUGUAUCCGGAGAAAUUGCCGGUGAAGCGUGAGCGUGAUGAUUCUUUUCACCACGAGCACGCUCAAUUGGACAAGCGGUUUAAGCCUGAUUUUCACAAGUCUGUUUCGGGACCUGACACAUUAUCUGCAACUUCUUCACACAAUAAUCCACUGGAUGAGCCAAGUCCUCUUGGUUUGGUGCUAAGAAAGAGCCCGUCCCUGUUGGAUCUAAUUCAAAUGAAACUUUCACAGGGGAGUGCGUCUACUACAGCUGCUGGACCUUCAAACACCGAAACUUUUAACUUCGUGGUUAAAGCAGAAAGCCAGGACGCUACCGUGCCGGGUACCAAUGAGAAACUAAAGGCUUCAAACUUCCCAGCUUCACUUUUAAGGAUUGGACGUUGGGAGUACAAAUCAAGACAUGAAGGUGAUUUAGUGGCUAAGUGUUACUAUGCUAAGCAUAAGCUUGUAUGGGAAAUCCUUGAGGGUGGACUCAAAAGUAAAAUAGAGAUACAAUGGUCUGAUAUUAUGGCUUUAAAUGCGAACUGUCCUGAUGAUGGACCUGCUAUAUUAAAUGUUGUGCUGGCUAGACGGCCUCUUUUCUUCAGGGAGACCAACCCUCAACCAAGGAAGCACACGUUGUGGCAAGCAACAGCUGAUUUUACUGAUGGUGAGGCUAGCAUACAGAGGCAGCAUUUUCUGCAAUGUCCAUAUGGGCUUCUAAACAAGCAUUUUGAAAAGCUCAUCCAAUGUGACUCACGCCUGAACUUCUUAAGCCGACAACCAGAGAUUGUGUUGGGUUCUCCAUAUUUUGAACCAAUAGCCUCUACGUUUACAACCUUGCAGCAAGCCAGCAUCCAUGGUUUGGAGCAAGCAGAGAAUGACAAUCAAUCUCUACUUUCUACUUUCCAGGAUGUAGUUUCAUCAUCUGCUGUGUCUUCAUUGAAGAUAGAAAAGGCUUCCCCUCAGAUGGUGUUCGAACCUUUCACCGUGGAGGCACCUUCCCCCAGUUCAGGUACAUUGAACUUGCAAGUUGGUCUGCGCGUGAAAAAUGUAAUGGACGCUCACGAGAUUGAAGAGAAUAGAAGUACUAAAGUUACCAGAAAGCCAAGAAACUGGGAGCAGAUAAAGGUUCCGGGGAUUCACCCAUCCGUGUCGAUGAGCGAUCUUGUCAACCACAUUGGACAUCAUAUUACAGAACAAAUGGCUUCUACAAAGACACCAUUUGUUGAUAAUGGUUCGGAGGAAUACCAAUCUAUGCUGGAUGACAUUGCACAAUACUUGCUGAGUGACAAUCAAUUGUCAGCAGCUUCUGAUGAGGUAUCACUCAUGUCUCGAGUUGAUUCUCUCUGCUGCCUGUUGCAGAAAGAACCUGUUCAAAGUUCUCAAACCAACGGUGAAAACUGUGUUGAAGGAGCCAAUUACAGAGAUGAUGUUGCGAUGUUGAGGGAUGGCAAGAAUAUUGAAGACCAUAUUAAGAUUCAUCCCGAAACAACGCAGGAAGUUUCUGGAAGCAUACAAGCCUCAGCUAUGUCAAGGAAAGAUUCAUAUGGGGAUUUGUUGUUGCAUCUUCCUCGAAUUGCAUCACUUCCUAAGCUCUUAUUUGACAUUUCAGAUGGUGAUGAAGGUCAAGAUUAAUUAAUUGCAAGCUAAUUUUUAUGGUCUAUGAAUAGAGUAUGUAGGGGGUUCUGGAAAUUGUAGCUCAUGUAAGAACCCUUUACGUGUAAAAAUUCUUUUAUUAGGUCCACAGCUUACAGUUGACGACAGAACAAACAUUGUACACAGCAUGGGUUUGAUUAUACAUUGAAGUUCGAAUGAUAGUUCUAGUUCCUUGUA